AGCGCAAGAGACAGUGACACUUUCGGAGGAAAAUUCUGAACGUACAGCAUGAGUCGAAAAUCUGAGCGCUGCUUUUAGUGUGUUUAUGGACUGAACCCGGGAAAAUGCCACUCAAGAGGGAAUGUUUACUGUUGUUUAUGUCAUGGCUCGGAUCUCUGCGCGCUCAGGAUGAGAAUCGUGUGGUGUUUUCUCUGGGAAAGUUCCAGAAUGUCAGUGUUCCAGUAAACGAGACGGUUCACGCCGUCGUUUCACGGAUUCCUCCAGACGUCGCUUUUAUCACGCUGCAGUUUCACACACAACAGCGCAAUGUCACACUCUCCUACACACAGGCUCCAGUUUAUGGUCAGUCAAUCACAGCACCGGAUGCUGGUCUGUUGUCCACCCUGUCGCCCAACCAGUCCACUAUCUCCUGGUACCUGCAGACGCCAGAUGGGAACAGUGUGGCAGGAAUUGGUGUGAUACUGCCAUAUACGAGCGCUGAUCCUGUUCCUGGUGCCUGUAAUCAGGAAUUUCCACUGGACAUUGAUCCAAACAUCUACCUGCAAUACAACCUGUUUGAGACCACUAUCAGCUUUGCGCCUGCUAACAUUGGAUACGCAAGAGGAGGGACCCCUCCAGCGUGUGAUGUGGCCAUGGAUGCCAGUACUCGUUGGCGGCUGGUGUAUGACGUGUAUCAGUUCUUCCUACCGGAAGGCGACCAAUCAGAGCAGAGUCUCAUCAGCGGCGUGGAGAGAAUGGCCAAUGUGGAGAACAUACAGGAAAAUAGCAGAAAAGUGAUGUCGAUGUCAUCUCAUGAUCAGACGCAGUUGUUGUUUAACUCUCUGCCCGGUCAGGGUGUGAUUUUCUCUGUGGUUGUUAGAGACCCGGUGUUUAACACGUCAGCUUCAUACACACCUGUGCACACGUACGCCUGCAGCUUCAACUCCACGCUGGACGGCUGCAGCGCUUUAGGGCGAGUUUCCACUAAAGUGUUUUUUACUGUGAUCGGAGUGGCGGGGUUGUUUGUGUGCUUUCUGGGCCAUCGCUUUUUCAAAUGUGAGCUGUUCUGGAUGGGCUUUGGGUUUAUAGCAUUUUUCUUCUUUGUGCUGAUCACCAGCACCACAGUGCUGCAAUACGACAUUCGAUUGGCUCUGACAGCAGUGAUGGGCGUGGUCGGGGGCGUGGUCCUAGUGAUGAGCUGGUGGCGGUUUGGUUCCGUCAUGGCUUGCGUUUUGGUGGUCGGACUCAUUCUUGGAUUUCUUGUCUCUUCUAUCAUCUUUUUCACUCCACUUGGUGACCUUCCUGUAUUCCAUAAUGAUGUGGCGUUUUGGGUUGUGUUUACCUGCAUCAUGGUGGUUGUUCCUUUAUUCUUCAUCAGGUGGCCCAGAGAGGGCAAUAUAACCACGUGUGGAGUGGUUGGUGCGUAUGUAGUGGUCCUAACUGUCAAUGCAUACACCUACACCAGUCUCUCCUACAUCACACUAGACGUUCUCAAACGCUUCCUCAACCACAACUUCAGUCGAGCGUUCAUCUCUGUCCCGUUGCAGGACAUCGAUUUCAUCAUGAUCACCAUGUGGGUGGUUCUCGGGAUUUCUGGCAUCGUGGUGCAGUUGUAUCGCGAGCGGUCACACCCGUUCUUCCCGCCAAGCCCGUAUGUGAUGUGGAAGCAGGAACGAGAGCGGAGGAAGACCAAUGUUCUGGACCCCAGUUACCACAAGCCCUCUCUCCCUGCCCGAAUCCUCAGCCGUGUCCGGCAGCUCACGCGUCGCUCAGAACCAGCCGGCGAAAGCACGCCCCUCCUCCUUUAACCCUUAACUUGUGACUUUUGAGCAUUGUGUUAGAAAAGACGUUUUUCCCCUCCAGAUAUUUGGCCCUCAGUCCUGUGGAGAUGGUUUUGACAACAGCCGUAAUAAGGAUGCUGCUCGAUAUUCAGAGUCUGGAGGUCACAGCAUGUUGUGUCGGACUGAGCAUGUGCACUUGUAUGUGAUGGGUUCUUUUGCAAAGGUUCCAGAAUCCAGAUUAUGCACUUCCUGUCAAUGCUGAAUGCCAUUCUCUGACCAAUCAGCUCGCUGGGAUUUUGUGACGUCAAAUAUGUACUGAUUAGCCAUUGGUUGAUUGUGUUUAUUCAUAUAAAACUGCGACAGAGUGAUUUUAAUGCAUUUUACGUUUACGUUCAAGCUACAACAUGUGCCACAGAUUGUUACAUUUAGUCCAGGAAAUAUUUUUAAAACUUUUUAUAUUAGGUCUUUGUGUGUACAGGGUGUCCGCACAUCAUUGGAGACUCAAUGAGUGAGGAUUUUAAAAGACAUAUUUUUUCAUCUUUACCCUUAUAAUGAAUGUAUAGCACUCUGUGAGUUCAGACCAAAUGAAGCAGCAUUCUUUAGCAUGGCUGAUGUUUGUGUAGAUGUUCUGAUGCUUUUGGGAUCCUGCGGGUGUCUGUAGAUCCUCCCAGAAUCCCGAGAGGUUUGGAUUUGAUGGUGAUAAUAAUGAGCGUAUUUUGGCAGACUUCCUGUGAGCACGUGAUGCUUCACUGCACUGCUGUAAUGCACACAAUAACUCUGGUUUUAAAUGCAGGUUUAUUUUGAGUGUGAAUAUUUGGAAUCUGUGGAAUUCCAAAGUUUGUUCCGGCUGUCUUUUUCCAUCCUUUAUAACGGAACGUGUAGCUCUUGUGGAGACACAAGCCCAAGUUUUCUGUAGAUCAGGUAUUGAAGUUUCUCCUCUCAGGGUUUCUUCAUGUAAUUACAAAUUAAACAUCUCAUUAAAGUGUUUCCCAUUCUUGACCCUGGAGUGCCCCAACAUCACACAUUUUGGAAGUCACACCUGUUUCAACUCACCAGCUCGUUAGUAGUGGCUCCAUGACUUGACUUGGGUGUGUCAAAUAAGACAGACGAGAUGGUGUUUGGCCUCCUGGGCCGGGAUUGAGAAACGCUGUUCUAAGCUAUUUAAAAUGUUACAUGUUAAAAUAUAUGUUUUUAAAUGGUAGCAAUAUGUUUUUUUUUGUGUGUUUGCCAAAUGUCUGAAAUGUAACUGAUUCUCUAAAUACCUAAAAUGUUAAAUAAAGUUGUAAAGUUUGU